UGUGCUUCAAGUUAGAAAAAAGCCUUUUACGAGGUAUCAGCACUUUUCUUUCAUUAGAAGGAAGGAGUGAGCAGAGUACCAAACAGCAGCAGAGUUUUAAAGUUUAAAUAGACAGGUCUGAGUGCCUGAACUGGCUUUCUUAUUUUACUUCGUCCACUAAGGAGUGAAAUCACUUGGCGUUCCUACUUCACUUCUUUUAAGAGAAAGAGCUUUGCCCAGGCAACAUGGGUGACUGGAGUGCCUUAGGCAAACUCCUUGACAAGGUUCAAGCUUAUUCCACUGCUGGAGGGAAGGUGUGGCUGUCAGUCCUUUUCAUUUUCCGAAUUCUGCUACUGGGGACAGCUGUUGAAUCAGCCUGGGGCGACGAGCAGUCUGCCUUUCGUUGCAACACUCAACAACCUGGUUGUGAAAAUGUCUGCUAUGACAAGUCCUUCCCAAUCUCUCACGUGCGCUUCUGGGUACUACAGAUCAUAUUUGUGUCGGUCCCCACACUCUUAUACCUGGCCCACGUGUUCUAUGUCAUGCGGAAGGAAGAGAAACUGAACAAGAAAGAGGAGGAACUCAAAGUUGCCCAAACCGAUGGCGCCAAUGUAGACAUGCAUUUGAAGCAGAUUGAAAUUAAGAAGUUCAAGUAUGGUAUCGAAGAGCACGGCAAGGUGAAAAUGCGAGGGGGCUUGCUGCGAACCUACAUCAUCAGUAUCCUCUUCAAAUCAGUUUUCGAAGUGGCUUUCUUGCUGAUCCAGUGGUACAUCUAUGGAUUCAGCCUGAGCGCUGUUUACACUUGCAAAAGAGAUCCCUGCCCACAUCAAGUUGACUGCUUCCUCUCUCGUCCCACGGAGAAAACCAUUUUCAUCAUCUUCAUGCUAGUGGUGUCUUUGGUAUCUCUUGCCUUGAACAUCAUCGAGCUCUUCUAUGUCUUCUUCAAAGGUAUUAAGGAUCGUGUGAAGGGUAAGAGUGAUCUUUACCAUGCCACCACAGGACCACUGAGCCCCUCCAAAGACUGUGGAUCUCCGAAGUAUGCUUAUUUCAAUGGCUGCUCCUCACCUACGGCUCCCCUCUCACCUAUGUCUCCUCCUGGGUACAAGCUGGUGACCGGAGACAGAAACAAUUCUUCCUGCCGUAAUUACAAUAAGCAAGCCAGCGAGCAAAACUGGGCUAAUUACAGUGCAGAACAGAAUCGAAUGGGGCAGGCCGGAAGUACCAUCUCUAACUCGCAUGCACAGCCUUUUGAUUUCCCAGAUGAUGCCCAGAAUUCUAAAAAAUUAGCAGCAGGGCAUGAACUGCAACCAUUAGCCAUCGUAGAUCAGCGACCUUCCAGCAGAGCCAGCAGCAGAGCUAGCAGUCGCCCUCGGCCUGAUGACUUGGAAAUCUAGAUUCGGGUUCAAGAGCAUCAAGAUUCCACUCAACAUGGAGAAGGAGAAAAUAAAAAGGUGCUGUCGAAAAUGCACCUUUAGGUGUUCAUUUUGUUAUUUCAUUGGAGGUGGUACUCAACAGCCUUUGUCAUGGGGCUUAGAAAACAGACAUUAGAAUACUUGGGCUCAUGGUGGGGGGCGGGGCUUUGUUUGGGAUAGGUGGGUAAGAAGGGAAAGGAAGGGACAAGGGAGGUACCUGUGGUAUUUAAUGUAGUGGAUUCAAAGAACUUCAAUUCUAUAUAAGAUCUGCAUUGGGUGAUCUGUAGGUUAAGGGCCUUUUUUCUUCACCUUUUUCCCCACCUCUAAGAAUUGUUCUUUGUAUUGUGAAAAAGUGGGUGCAUGGCUAGAUAUAUUUCUCAUUUUACCAAGAAGCCGAAAUAACUGACCAGGAAACACUUCCUGAAUAUCUUCUUUUCAUCAAGAAAUAAACAUGGAUUGUCCUUAUGUCCCUGCUAAAACAUUCCAUUCUUAAAUUUGUACUUUGAAGGUUAACUUUCUAGGUCUGACCCUCCAGGUGUCAAUGAACUUGUGCUACUAUUUUUUUUUUUAAAAUGUCAGUUAACUUCAGACCAGGCCUACAGAAAGACUUUCUAUGCCUUUGAAAAUCUCAUUCAGCUGUAGGUAUGCCCUUUCUUUUUGAAAGAUCCAUUUGCAUUGUAUUUCCCAUCACUUGUUCAUCAUUCCUCAACUACUAUUGACAUCCAUUUAAUGAUUUCUGAAAACUUUUUUUUUUUUAAUGGUUGGGAUGACACUUAACAUUUUUUUGAGUUAGAGUCAGGAAAGCAAGCCAUGCUUGAUAUUUAACAAUCACAUCUAUGUGUGUGUAUGCAUGUGUGGAAGAGUGUUUUUAUUUGUCAUGUAUUGGUACAAGCAGAUGCAGUAUAAACUCACAAACACAGAUUUGAAAAUAAUGCACACACAGUGUUCAAAUUUGAACUUUCCUCAUGGAUUUUUGUGGUAUGGGCCAAUAAAUGGUGUUUACAUUAUGUAAAUCCUGCUGUGCAAAAGAGCACAUUUUUCCCCCUAAAAUGUCCCCCCCCCCCGUAUCCUAUAGUGGGUACUGGUUUUGUUAAAUAUGCUUCUUUUAUCUCUCUUUUUUUUUUUGAUAUAGCAGUAAUGCUAUUGUUAAGAUGAAUGAUUUUUUUUUCUGAAAUAUAAUCAUUGAUGCUUGAAUGAUAGAAUUUUAGUACUGUAAACAGGCUUUAGUAAUUAAUGUGAGAGACUUAGAAGAAAUACUUAGAGUGGAAUAUUACUACAUGUGCCUAAAUGAAUUUUGCAGUAACUGGCAUUCUUGAUUUUUGUUCUACUUAAUACACAUUAAUUCAAAAAAUUGUAUUCUAUUAAGAGUUUGACAGCCUUGGGAGUGGCCAGCAACUUUAAUGUUUGCACUAAGACUUUAUUUGGAAUGCAAGGAGGUUGAAAGGUUUCAGUAGUACACAUGUAACUAAUUUAUGUGAAAUAAGAAGUGCUAAAGAGAUCUACCAGUUUCUUUCAAAUGCCUUUUUGAAAAACUCAUCACAGAUGAUUAGUGAAAAUGCAGUGUCAUACUUCUUGCAUGUGUCAGCUAUAUUAAGCAGUUUUAUACAAUGAGAAAUACUAACUUGUUUGACAUUCCAUGUUAAACUGCUGUCAUGUUCAGCUUCAUUGCAUGUGAUGUAGACAUAAAUUGAGUUCUGGAGAGUGUUCUUUAUUCAAUAAAGUUUUAAUUUAGUACAAAGAUA